AUGGAACCAGAAGAAGCCCGAAAGAAGCUGGCCAACUACUGCGUCUUGCUUGAAGCUCUCCAGAUCCUCAUGGACGACGACUACAACCAAACUGUUCACAACCGGCCCAUUCCUCUAGGACUGCUGAGGUUACCGCGGCCCACCCCAAACAGGAGGAACGACAUCCCGGAGACCUUCAAGGAGUUUCUCAACGCACUAGCAGAGGUUUGUAGCUUUCGAAUCGGACCUGAUAUGGUUACUGCUAUCAUUGUAGAGGAGAGACCGUCAGCAGAGUAUGUGUUCCAUGUCACACGUAACAGUUCGGCUUCGAGACAUGAUAAAAAGGCAGACAGAGAGGGGCUGUUAGGCUUUUUGAAGCAAAUUCUGGAACAGAUACGCGGCAUUCAGGAGACAGAUGAGCGUGUGUUUCUGCAAUCCGAAGCAUACAAGCAACUGCUGUGUACCGUCAUUGGAGACAAUAUCAUCAAGAUCAAGUAUUACCGAAAGCAUCUGGAAAAGGCCGUGAAAGAUUUCAUGGAAAGAUUUCAGCACUCCAUACUGGACAAAGAUCUCAACGAGACACUCGAAAACAUUCUUCUCGAUAUCGAGACCUCAAAGACAAAGUCAGGAACUGAUCGUCAAGAGUAUCGCGAUCUUAUUCUAAACUGCGGAGUCCUCAUUGGGCACGAGGAUAGACUCUUCAAAUGUUUGCGCGAUGCAAAUGUUGAGAUACCCGACUGCUGGGGUGCCAUUUUUCAUUACGCAGAAAGACUUCAGUCCUAUCGUACCAGUGUCAGAGCCUUCUUUCAAGCCAGAAAUGAAUACGAUGAAUUGUUUGCUCACCCUGUGGUGAACUUCGUCACACCCAAAACUGCAAGGCAAGUACCAGUCGAGUGGACUCUCCAAGAUCUCACCAACUACUUCAACAGUAGCGAAUACCGCAAGAAUCUCUGGGGCUCAGAAGACAUUAGGAAAGUGCACGCUGAGAUUCAAAGGCUCUUGGGCGAGUCGCGUGAGGGGAACGAAGUCGGAUUCCACCGCAUCGUCCACGCGGAGGUCGCCCUAACACAUUGCAAAUUCUUCGGCGACUAUCACUAUGUUGCGACGAGCAAGCCAUGCUGCCUCAUGUGCAAGCAAUUCUGUGAUUUGUGGACUCUUCCACACUUUGAAGAUUGUUAUACGAAGGAGGCCGAAGAGGAGCUACUGGGGAUAUACAUGUCAAUGGCGCACAACUUCGAGGAAAAUUGCUCUCUCAUCCUGGCCAAAUGUAAGCCCGAGUUCGCCAGAAGUUCGUUUGACGAAGUGGAGCAUUUCGACUACGACGAUUUCCGUAGGCGCACAUCUCUCGAGGAUUGA